CAUGUCACCACGUUUCCUAUACAGGACAUACAGUGUCACUUCAAGUUGGCCAAUCAAAUUCAAACUUCCUUCUGUGUGAAGUGUAGAGAAACCGUCAGUGUUCUUUCAUUCAACACAGCAGUUUGAGCUCGAUGGCAUCUCCACUGUUUGCUCUCUGUCUCACAUGUUUGUUCUUCGGGGAAAUGGCUCAGACGACUAAUCUGAAAUUGUCCUCAUCUGUUCGUCAAGAGACAAGUUUUCUAUCAGUUAAAACAGGAGACAACUUGACAUUGCAAUGUUUCAGUGAAGGUGAUGAUCAUGCAAAACUUUACUGGUAUAAACAAACUCUGGGAGAGAAAAUGAAGCUCAUCUGUAGUUACUACAAGUAUGACAAUGUCACUUUUUAUGAUGAAUUCAAAAACAAUCCACGCUUCACACUGGAUACUGGAAAGAGUAAAAAUCACUUGAAAAUCACAGAUUUACACAUUUCAGACUCGGCGACUUACAACUGUAUACAUUGCUAUUUAAAUGUGUUUAAAAUUUCUGAGGCCAUUACUGUCAGUGUGAAGAGUUCAGGUUUGAACAUCCCAGCUUUGGUCCAUCAGUCAGCAUCUGAGACCAUCCAGCCAGGAGGCUCUGUGACUCUGAACUGUACAGUACACACUGGGACCUGUGAUGGAGAACACAGUGUUUACUGGUUCAAAGACUCUGAAGAAUCUCAUCCAGGACUCAUUUACACCCAUGGAGGCAGGAAUGAUCAGUGUGAGAGGAAACCCAACACACAAACACACACCUGUGUCUACAACUUGCCGAUGAAGAGCCUGAAUCUUUCUCAUGCUGGGACCUACUACUGUGCUGUUGCCUCAUGUGGACACAUACUGUUUGGAAACGGGACCAAGCUGGACUUUGAAGAUGAGGUGCACUCUUUUGUCUUGGUGUAUUUCCUGAGUGGAGCUUUGAUCUUCACCACUACCCUGUUGGUUUUAUCGGCUUUCUCAAUGUACAAGAUGAAGAAAAGAAUCAGUUUCCAAACUCCAGAGUCUCAAGCUAGAUUUUCAGCUCCCUCCGCAUUCAAUCGUGAGGGAUAUAAUGGAGAUACAGACAACCUCCAUUAUGCUGCUUUAAAUGUCAACCUGCCCAGCAGAUCAAGAAGACAGAGGAACAACAGCAGGGAUGAAUGUGUGUACUCCGGUGUAAAGCACUAGAACUGGACAUGACUGCCGUAUUUUUAGAUCUUGAGAUAUUUUCUAUCUUCCUUUUGGUCAGCUGUCAAAAGACAAUAUUUCUAUGAUUCAGUAGGUUUUUGUAAUGUUCACAUUAAAGGCCUUCUGCUCUCUUGUGUUUGUCUUUGUGGUUAAUCAUUACCUCCUAACUGUGACUUCAUUGUCUUAGGAAAAAGCGAAACUUUGUUUAAUUUGGUUACUUUUAUAUACAUUCUCUUUCUGAUCAAAGCAGUACAUUUUGAUGGUCGGAUUCACUGAUGCUACAAGUGACACAUGAGUUUUGAGGAUCGAUUAUGUCUUGAACUUUUUGUUUUGCCUUCAAUGGUUUUUAAUGCAUCUCAGUGUGUGCAUGUGUUGUCAUUAAAGGACCAGUACAGCUUAGGUCAUAGGUCAAAGUACAUAUUACUAUUCUAUUAUAUUUAGUAUUAACUUCCCUUAAUUUUACCUAAGUUGUAUGCACGCAAGAAUCAGAUGUUAAUAUCUCAAUGCCCAUUUCAGCAAUUAAUUGUUACAGCUGCAAUGCAUUCUGGCUGCACCAUGGACAGCGAAGCUGAUCACGGCUGUUCUAGACACUGUUUGUGGCCCCACCAGUAACAAUGUGGUGCGUUUCAGAAGCACAUCUACGCUCUGCUCCAACAAGAAUACAGGCUGUUCUAUUUUUGAUAGAUGCUGCAACCAGCCGCAUCAACUACCACCAGCUGCUCAACACAUCGCAGGUCAAGCUUGUCAGAAGUCCGACACACAAACGGCAGAGAGAGAAUCUGGUCGAUUUUUCAACUUAACCAAUAUAUUUGGAAGCUUUGAUUCAUGUGUGCUUUUAGGAUCAAGAUUGUCUCAUACUGCUUGUGUUUAUUGAUAGUUUUUAACUAAAUCAUGUGUUUCUUUGUGAAUUUUACAUUGUUUAUGAUCAAAUAAAUCUUGGUGCUCACACUGCAGCAUA